AUGGCCUCACCGUCUCUCAAGUAUACCAACAAACUCGCCGGGCAGCGGGUCCUGAUCCUCGGAGGAACCUCUGGUAUAGGAUUCUGCGUCGCUGAAGCAGCUAUCGAGCAUGGAGCCAACGUGAUAAUCUCCAGCUCCAACCAGUCCAAGCUUGACAAGACUGUUGCUCGCUUGAAGGAAGCCUACCCUAUCCAGACUGAAAAGCAGACCAUCACCACCCACGUCUGCGACCUUUCUGAUUCCGCCAACCUGGACGCCAACUUCGAAGCUCUCUUUCAAGUCGCUACGGUCGGCGGCACUAUUAAGCUGAACCACGUCGUUACUACCGCCGGUGAUGCUCUGUCAUUGCCUCCCUUGUCUGAUAUCACAUCCGAAAUUGUUCAGAAGAGCAUGCACGUGCGCUUUGUCGCAGCGGCCGUCAUGGCCAAGUAUAUUGACAAGUACGUCGAGAAGUCGCCUGCGAGCUCAUACACAAUAACUGGGGGUGUUCGCGGUCGCAAGCCUGCCCCUGGCUGGUCCCUUGCGACUUCUGUGAGUGUUGCUGUGGAGGGACUUGCUCGAGGACUGGCUCUGGACCUCAAGCCGAUCCGUGUCAACGUCGUAUCGCCCGGCGCAGUUCAUACUGAGUUGUUCGGCUGGCUACCUCAGGAGCAGCUGGAUGGCAUGCUUGAGAUGUUUAAGAAUUCAUCUACUACCGGUACUGUUGGUAGACCGGAGGAUCUGGCCGAGAGCUACAUUUACUUGAUGAAGGAUCAGUUCAUUACGGGUAGCGUCAUCGAGUCUAAUGGUGGCACUCUUCUUGUUUAA